AUGUUUGCCAGCACAACUGAGGAUACACUCAACUGCUCCGUCUUUGAAGGCGCCUCGGCAGUAAAUUUUGCCUUUUCAAUACUAAUCACAUUUGGCAUAAUCAUCAGUUAUAUACCUCAAUAUAGGCGAAUCUACUUGAAACGCACAUCCGAAGACUCAAUCAAGCAAGAUAAACACGAGUAUGCGAGGAUCGAAGUUGUUGGCAAAAUUGUUAUGCUCCAUGGCGUUGUUUCGCUUGUUGAGCUCUUGAUUGGUUUCAAUUCUUCCUCGACUGUGUUGUAUUCCAUUGCCAAUAUCAAUGGUUUAAUCUCGGCAGCAUUGACGGUUGUCAAGUAUGUGCCACAAAUCAACACCACGUACCAUUUAAAGCAUCCAGGCACUUUGUCAAUCGGUAUGAUGUGCAUUCAAACGCCCGGUGGAUUUGUGUUUGCUGCGACUUUGAUGUUUACCAAAGGGUCACAUUGGAGCUCGUGGGUAAGCUACUUGGUUGCGGCAUUGUUGCAAGGAACUCUUUUGACGCUUUGCAUUUAUUAUGAAUACUUCAAUGGGAAAGCUCCCAAUGGACUUACAGGUGUUCCAGCGAGUGACGAAUUGGAGAGAGAAGCUGUUGAUCGUAUAAUUGAGGAAAACACAACUGCAGCGGGACUGCAAAGUGCAAGGGAAGAUAGUCCGUUAUUAUAG